AUGGUAUAAUUAUGUUUUUCGCCAACGAGAAGAGAAAUUUUCUUGUGAAGGGAGGGCAUACACUAUAUUGUUGUGCACUAUAUCAAUAAAUUGAGUGUUCUUUCAGAUAAUUCACAGAUUAGGACUGGAGAUCAACAACAAGGAGUCGAUAUAUUACUGGACGGCUGUCAACAACAUCCCGGUCUUUUGUCCAGCCUUAACGGAUGGAUCGCUGGGUGAUAUGAUUUACUUCUUCAACAUCAAAGCCGAGAAGAAGCUGAGGGUUGAUAUUGCUGAAGAUGUGGCACACAUCAACACGAUGGCGGUCAAGUCACAGAACACUGGAGUUAUUAUUCUGGGCGGAGGAUUUGUGAAACAUCAUAUUAACAAUGCCAAUCUCAUGAGAAACGGGUCCAAUUAUGCGGUUUACAUCAAUACUGGACAGGUAUGAAGGUUUUGGUGCUUGCUUUACAUCUUUUGGUUAAAAAGAGGGGAGACGGAUGAUAGGGGUUAGCAAAAAUUGAAUUUUUAAAAAUUUUUGGAUAUUUUUUGAUGCAAGAUUAUGAAGAUUCGAAGCGUUUUUGAGCUGGAUUGCGAAGGAUAUAACAUAAAGUAGCUUUAAAUAGUAAUUAAAGUGAGAUCAUUAAAGUCGAACAGUCUUGCAACUUGUUUUAGGAUAUGUUUGAACAUGGUUAACAUUCUAAAAACAGCAUAAGUUUAGGCUUGAGUUUUUACGGACUAUUAGGUUGUUUAAUAAUUCUGUGCCGCCUUUGAAAGAAAAUUUUCGGGAUUAGGGGCGCAAAAUUAUUUGAACAACCUAAUAAAAACAGCAAUUUUUAAAAUUAAGUUUGUUUUGAAGUUUUUAAAAAUUUUUAAUAAAUAAGGCUCAUAGGCAAUGAAAUUCAUUUAAAAUUUUAAACGUAUCUUUUAUAUUUUUUUGGUAUAAUGAUGACUAUUCUCUGAAAUGCAUUUCCAACUAUGAUGAAUAUUCGAAAAAACCUCAUUUUCGAAAAACGAGGAAUAAAUCAUGUUCGACGUCGCUUCCCCACGAACAUAUGCUGUAAUAAUUGUUGUUUUUUCAGGAAUUCGAUGGCAGCGACUCGGGCGCCUCGCCGGACGAAGCCGUCAGCUGGGGCAAGCUGCGUCACGGCAUCGAACCGGUGAAACUGCAUUCUGACGCAACCCUCGUCUUUCCACUGAUCGUUGCGCGCACGUUCGCCCGAUCCAAUUAA